UGUCCACCUCUCAGACUCUGAGGCAUGUGAAGUGAUGACAGAGGAGGGUCUACAGCUGGAAACCACCGUCACAUCCACCUGCAGGCACUGCUGAAAAUUUGCCAGCACUGGGCUCACAUCCUCCUCGGCAGACUUGGCUGGCCCGUAGGUCGUGGCACAUAUCACAACCCCCAAGUCCAUUUUUCCGCCAUCCCUGCACCUGCACCAUGACUGGCCUGCACAGGGAGUGAGCUCGAGCUGGAGGCUGCUCUGUGCCAAUGAACCUUCUCAACUCCUCCUGCAUCGAAGGCAAGAUGUGUGAGGGGAACAAGACCACCGUGGCCAACCCGCAGCUGAUGCCGCUGGUGGUGGUCCUGAGCACCAUCUCCUUGGUCACCGUGGGGCUCAACCUGCUGGUGCUGUACGCCGUGCGCAGCGAGCGCAAGCUGCACACCGUGGGGAACCUGUACAUCGUCAGCCUCUCGGUGGCAGACCUGAUCGUCGGGGCCGUGGUCAUGCCCAUGAACAUCCUCUACCUCCUCAUGUCCAAGUGGUCCCUGGGCCGGCCACUCUGUCUCUUCUGGCUUUCCAUGGACUAUGUGGCUAGCACGGCGUCCAUUUUCAGUGUCUUCAUCCUGUGCAUCGAUCGCUACCGUUCGGUCCAGCAGCCUCUCAGGUACCUGAAGUAUCGCACCAAGACCCAAGCCUCGGCCACCAUCCUGGGUGCCUGGUUCCUCUCCUUCCUGUGGGUCAUUCCCAUUCUGAGCUGGCCUCCUGAGUCCCAGAACUCAACGCACCUGGAGGACAAGUGCGAGACCAACUUCUACAACGUGACCUGGUUCAAGGUCAUGACUGCAAUCAUCAACUUCUACCUGCCCACCUUGCUGAUGCUCUGGUUCUAUGCCAGGAUCUACAAGGCCGUGCGACUACACUGCCAGCACCGGGAGCUCGUCAGUGGGUCCCUCCCUUUCUUCUCUGAAAUCAAAAUGAGGUCAGGGAGCUGUAAGGUGGGCGCCAGGAAACCGGGGAAGGAGUCUCCCUGGGAGCUUCUGAAGAGGAAGUCAAACAAUGUCAGCAACAGACCUGCCUCGAAGCCAGAGUCCCAAGACCCUGAGGAGACGAAGUGCCCUGGCAUGGUCGGACAGGAUGAGGAUGGGGACGUGAGCAGACGCCACUGCUUCCCACUCACUAUGGGGCAGAGGCAGGCGGAGGCGGGGGGCCAGGACAGGGAGUAUGACGCCACCCACCAGAGUCAGGGGGAGCGCGAGACGGAUGAGCAGGGCCUGAGCACACACAGGGCCAGUGAUGUGUCAGAGGACCAGGCCCUGGGUGACAGCCAGUCCUUCUCCAGGACAGACUCGGACACCCUCACAGAGCCAGCCCCAGGGAAAGACAAGCCGAGAAAAGGGUCUAGCACAGGCCUAGAUUACCUCAAGUUCACCUGGAAGAGGCUGCGCUCACAUUCGCGACAGUACAUGUCUGGCUUGCACCUGAACCGAGAACGGAAGGCCGCCAAACAGUUGGGGUUUAUCAUGGCGGCCUUCAUCCUCUGCUGGAUUCCUUACUUCAUCUUCUUCAUGGUCAUCGCCUUCUGCAAGAGCUGCUGCAACGAGCACGUGCACAUGUUCACCAUCUGGCUGGGCUACAUCAACUCCACCCUGAACCCCCUCAUCUACCCCUUGUGCAACGAGAACUUCAGGAAGACAUUCAAGAAAAUUCUGCGCAUUCCUUCCUAAAGGAAGCUCUGAGGGGGUGUGACGAAGUGACACUUGCUGUGUUGAUGAAGGAGAUGGGGGAGAGCCGGGCGCGGGGCUUUGUGGAGUAGUAGUGUAGGGGCUGGGUAAUUGGCGGAGUCCUCGGUGCCCUUGGCGGGCAGGAGGCAGUGGUCAGCAGAGUGUCUGAGCAGAGGGCUGAAUAUCCAGAGGAACUAGGUCUGGGUGAGCGCUCCAGAUUCUCAGGAAAUGUGGAAGCUUCAGACUCAUUGUCAUUCAAGCUUCCACUACAAAUUAAUCCGCAACUGAAGGGACGCGUGGGUGGAGUUUACUGGAGAAUGACCCUGAGGGGCCUCACUUGCACAGACAGCUGCGACCUUGCGGGGCUGCCUG